AUGGCUACGGUCAAUACGCGAGUGUUGAUAAUUUCGGACACCCACUGUGCACCCCUGGCCGAACAAGAUGAAGGCAGGCAACCUUUUGCUCCUUUCAAGGCUCCAUUACCAAAAGCAGACGUUCUCAUUCACUGCGGCGACCUCACGAUGACCGGGCUCGAUGCAGAAUACCACAAAACCUUAGACAUGCUGGCUCAGAUCGACGCCCCAGUCAAACUCGUCAUUCCAGGAAAUCACGAUUUGACUUUGGAUCGAGACUUUGUCUUUAGUCAUGCUAAGAAAGACCCCAAAUCAGAAGCUGAAGCACAUGCGAAAGUCGACAAGGCGAGAGAGCUUUGGACUUCCCCUGAUGGACGAGCCCAACGAGAGGGCAUUACUUACCUCGUCGAAGGCGUACAUCAGAUUGACCUGCCCAAUGGCGCGAGGGUCACCAUAUACGCAUCACCAUAUACGCCAGAGUUCUACGAUUGGGGAUUUCCCUACGAACGAGACGAAGACCGUUUCAACAGCCCCCUGAGAACUUUAUCCGACGCAAAGAACAUAGCGCCAUAUCCAGUAGCACCUUUCACUCAUACAGUAGUGCCAGUUGAUAUUUUACUUACACACGGGCCACCAUAUGCGAGGCUGGACCAAACAAAUCGAGGAGACUUUGCUGGAUGUCCUCACUUACUUCGAGCUCUCAUGCGGUCGCGUCCUUUGAUCCAUUGCUUUGGUCACAUUCAUGAAGGUUGGGGAGCUGAGCGUGUGGAAUGGUCAAACGAUGCCGAUAACGUUGCAGAUUCAUCGGCAUCCAUCUCACAGUGGCAGAAUGGCUCCUGGAAAGCAGGAGUCGCUCAGCAAGGCUCAGCCAUCGAGAAAGUCCAGACAGAUCUCGACGCCGCCAAGGAGCAUCAUGCUGUAUUUGUUGAUGUCUCUAAGGAGGGAGGCCAAGGCUUGAAAAGGGGCGAAGAAACACUUCUUGUCAAUGCCGCCAUCAUGGACGUUGAAUACAGUCCUGUGAAUGCACCAUGGAUCGUUGACAUCGAUCUUCCUAAGGCUAUUUCUUGA